AUGUCGGAGAAGAACAAGCAGGAUUUUAUUGACGUGAUGGAUGAAGAUACUAAUAAUCUGCUAUUCCCUCUUGAUGGUUCCCAAGAUGUCGGAAAAGAUCCAACUAUACCGAAUGGCUUGGACGCUUCAAUAGGGGAUCCUACCAUAGCUGACCCAACCGCUAUUGUAACUAAAAGGAGAAGGCCUCAGGUAAAGUUAACAGCCGAGAAACUGCUUAGUGAUAAAGGUCUACCCUAUAUUCUAAAAAAUGCACAUAAAAGAAUACGAAUCUCCUCAAGGAAAAACUCUUAUGAUAACUUAUCAGGUAUUAUUCAGUUCUACCAGCUUUGGGCACACGAAUUAUUUCCUAAGGCAAAAUUCAAGGAUUUUAUGAAGAUAUGUCAGACAAUGGGUAAAACAGACCCAGUUCUGAGAGAAUACAGAGUUAGUCUUUUCAGAGAUGAGAUGGGCAUGAGCUUUGAGGUCAGCACACGAGAUGGGGGACAAGGGUUGGAAACACAAUCACCUAUGGUUAGAGAACACUCUACUGACCUGGGCAUGGAACCUGUUGCGACAGAUGGUUUCAAUAAACAAGAUAAAACUGAUGUUAAUAAAAAUGACAAGGACGAAGAUGACGAUAUAUAUCACCCUUCUUCGAGUAACAGAAAAAAAAGGGUUUCAGAUGAAACAAGGAAUGAUUCACCAGCAGAACACAAUUCCGCACCGCCUAAGGAAGAUACGGAUACACUAUUGAAGAGAUUCAGGGUACAAGGGUCCUCUGGCUUUGAUGAAAAUGAGAAGAAACUUUUAUUGGGGUGGUUAGAUGCGCAUAGAAGUAUAAAAAAGGACUUAAUGACUGAAGAAGACGUUGAAAUGGUACAAAAACUAGAAGAGUGGGAAAUGGAUGACAUCGGGGAAUCAGAGACUCAGUACGACUUUUUGCCAGGAGAGGAUGAAUUUAGUGUUGAUCAAGAUGAGUUAGAUGCUAUGAAAGAAAUGGGAUUUUAA